AUGAGUUUACAUUUUAGUGAUGAAGAUGAUUUAUAUGAAAAUAAUGCUAAUAAGGAAAAAAGUGAAAGUAAUAAUUUAAAUUAUGAUUUUUUUACUGAUGAGAAAAAUGAUAAUUCAGAAAAUAAUGAAAAAAAUUACAAUGAUGAAAAUAAUGAAAAAAAUUACAAUGAUGAAAAUAAUGAAAAAAAAUACAAUGAUGAAAAUAAUGAAAAAAAUUACAAUGAUGAAAAUAAUGAAAAAAAAUACAAUGAUGAAAAUAAUGAAAAAAAUUACAAUGAUGAAAAUUAUAUGCAAGGAGAAGAAUAUGAUGAAAUGAAAGAAGAUAAUCUUGAAGGAAAAAAAAAAAAAAAAAAAAAAAGUGUCGUUUUUCAAUUGAAAAAUUUAUUUAAUGAAGUAGCACUUAAUAAAAUUAAUAGUUAUAUAGAAAAAAAAAGAAAGAAUGAACAUAGAAAUAGUUAUGAUGAUGAUUCUAAUUUGUAUAAAGAUGAGAAUGAAGGAAGCACAGAUGAAGAUGAAUUACAAAAAUAUGUUAGAGAAGAAAAAAAUAAAAUAAAACAAAUUCUCCCUGAAAAAGAUGAAUUAUGGGAAAUAUAUUUAUACUUAAAUUUAAAAAAAAAGAAAAGAAAAAUAGAUUAUGAUGAAAAAUAUUAUAGUUCAUUGAUUAAGAAAAUAUUAGAAAACGUAGAAAAAGAAUACAAAGAUAUAAUUAAAGAAAAAUUAUUUCAAAAUAAAAAUUUUGAAGAAUAUUUAAUUAUAACUGAUUUUGUAGAUUUCUUAAAAAGUAACAAUAUUCAGAAUAUAGAGAGAAACAUAUUAAUCCCACUUAUUAAAAAAAAAAACUCUUUAAUAGAAAUAAAAAAAAAAUUAGUAGAAUUAUAUAAUAAAGGAAAUUGUUGUAGUUAUAUAAAAGAUAUAAACUUUUUAAAUGAAAAAAAAGAACAAAAUUUAAAUGAACAGGUUGAUAGCAAUGAUAACAUUAGAAAUUAUGAGAAUUAUAAUAAAAAACAAAAUACCAAUUUAAUAAUAGAAAAAGAAAAAUUAAAUUUAUAUUUAAGUAAAUUAUAUGAUAAAUAUGCUAUGAUGAUAAAUAAAAUAAAAAAACAUAAAAGAAAAGAUUUAAGAACAAAUUUUAAUUUAUUUAUGAAUUUAAUUAAUGAAGUUACUUCAAAAUUAUAUUUUUCUAUUCAUAAUGUUUUUUUAAUGGAUGAUAAUAAUUCAAAUAUAAAUGAUAUUUAUAAAACUAUUAGAAGAAAAUAUAAUAUACAUGAUGUUUUAAGUAAAAUACAAAAAUUAACACAAAAAAAAGAAGUAUACGAACAUUAUCGUUCAUAUUUAAUAUAUAAAUAUAAAACAACUUAUCCUGUUUGUGAUAACAUUUUUAAAAAUCAUAUAAUGAAAGAUAAUAUCAACAUAUUUAAUUUUAAAAAAUUUUAUAAUACUGAAUUUUUGAAAGAAAAGUUUUUCAUCAUAAGGGAAGAUGAAGAUACUGAAAUACAUAAUACAAAUAUAAGUGAUAAUGAGAAAAAUGAAAAAGGAGAAAUAAAUAAUGAAAAUAAAAAAAAAAUGAACAAUAAUUCUCCUGAAGAUUUAUUUACAAAUGAUAUAUAUAAUGAUGACUUUUUUAGUGUAAAUAUGGAAAAAAAUAAUUGUAAAGAAAAUUUACAAGAUAAUAAUAAUAAUUAUCUUAAUAUUCCUGAAAAAAAAGAAGAGAAAAAUCAGAAUAAUAAUAUUAAUGAACAAAAAGAUGUGGAAAAUAAUAAUAAUGUUGAAGAAACACCUUUAGAAAAAGCUAAAAGAAUAGCUAGAGAGAAAAAAAAAAAAUUAUUAGAAAGUAGAAUUAAAAUUAUAUAA